CACGCCUGCGGGAUACAAGUUGGCCUUGUAGGACCCAUUUUCGCUAUUCGAGCGUGCGAGUGUUCUCUUGCGGCCGCUUCGGCACCUGUCCCUAUCCACUCUGGUCUUCCAACCUUACUUUUGCGCUAUGAAAGCCAUCACUGCCGCCUCGAUGCGAAGAACGGUGCCUCAGCGUACCAAGCACGACUCUCUCCAACUGAUACGCAAGGCGAGCUCAUCAUCUGCUAUUGCCUGGCCGCCUGCAGAUCCGUGGAAUGCCAUCGUUGAGUGGAGAUCCGGCGAUCGCGAAGCGCACGUGCGGCCCGGCCCGCUUUCACAAUGGCGAACGACCGUGAAGAUGAACAUUUGUACUGCAGACAUGAGGACCACUUGCUCGAGCAAGAUGAUGUCAGACUGGCAUGCUGGCUACGAUGCGACCGCAGUCUCACGACUAAGGGCAGCUGGAGCCGACAUCAUCGGAAAGACAAAUUGCGACGAGUUCGGCAUGGGAUCCUGUAACAUUCAUACCUUCCACGGUCCCGUACGGAAUCCUGCAACCCCCGAAGAUCAAGCUGCUAGGGCGGCUGGGGGUAGCUCUGGGGGUGCAGCAGCAGCCGUAAAGGCUGGUUUAUGUCGGCUCGCACUUGCUUCAGAUACAGGUGGGUCGGUCAGAUUACCAGCGGCGUAUUGCGGUGUAUAUGGCUUCAAGCCAUCAUAUGGCCUUGUUAGUCGCUGGGGGCUUGUGCCCUACGCGGAUAGUCUGGACACCGUAGGGCUGCUCGCAAACAACAGCGAUGAUCUGGCCCUUGCAUUCGACGUCAUCAAUACCUUUGAUCCUCAAGAUCCUUCCACUGCAAAUCCAGAUCUUCGCAAGAAAGCUGCGCAGAAUGAACAGAGCUGUGUAGACAAAUUAAUCAAUGGGACAAACCUUCAAGGCCUUAAGAUAGGGAUCCCCAAACAAUAUUUCCCAAAGGAAGUCUCAAAGAGCGCAAUAGACGUCAUAUGCUCGGCCUCUAAAGAUCUAAAAGCUCGAGGAGCCUCAAUCGUGUCUGUCGAUCUACCUUCAACGCCGCGCGCACUGGGCGCUUACUACGUUCUCGCUUCCGCAGAAGCAAGUAGUAACCUGGCCAAAUAUGAUGGUACACAUUUUGGUUACCGCGCCAUCGCAUUGGACGCCAAUGGAGACAAGCUUAGCGACAUUGACAGGCGUGAAAAGACCCGAUCCGAAGGUUUUGGCGAGGAGGUUAAACGGAGAAUACUGUUGGGGACGUACGCUUUAACGGCCGACUUCUUUGGCAACUACUUUCUAGCGGCGCAGCGGGUGCGUGAAGAGAUUAAGCACGACUUCAACAAUGUCUUUGGCAUUGCCGACGUCCGAACUUCGCGCUCGGGCGCCCAAGCCGGUGUCGACGUUCUACUUCACCCAGCAGCAGUGUCUGCAGCACCAAAACUGAGCGACAUUCAGGAGGCCCAUGCAGCAGAUGGAGGUAUCUCCGAGUACGUGCAGGACGUCCUCACCACUCCUUCGAGUCUUGCUGGCUUGCCGUCUCUGUGCCUUCCUAUCGGUCAAGACGGCGACGGCAUGCCGAUCGGCGUGACCAUCACUACCCAAUGGGGCUGUGAUCGCUUACUAUGGCCGCUUGCACGAGCUUUACACGGCGCAAACCAAUAGGCGAACCCGAUCCUGAAGCCUUGCGACAUCGGGCAUGAUAGUGCUACAUGUGUAUGCGUAGUGUACAUAUGAGCCCGAUUCUUUCCCGCAAUCAGCCAUGUCAAAGUCCAUCAUCUAGGGGGAACAAUCAAGCGAAGUACUUUACUUGCGCUCUCGCACAAAUAAUAGCAGCCACACCAAGCUGAGUAACGUGAAGCCG